GACGUAACAUACCAACCAGUCUUUAUUAUCACUACUACAAGACAUUUAAUAUUCCAAGAUGUACGGCGAACUAGGAAAUAAAUUGGUCCAACACGCAAAACGCACCCAAUCACUUGCCUUCCUACCCCCAUACCAAACCGAGAUCGUCCGCUCCGUAGCCCGUGAAGUACGCGACCUCAACAACGAUGUCGCGCACCAUCUAGCCCCCUUCGAGAGUGCCGACGGGAGUCAAUCAUCGUUCAACCCUUCCGCACAACCGGCCAUCGCAUGCGCGUUGUUAGUCGAUCAUUUGUGUAUGCGACGGAAUAAGCGGUGUCUGUUAGCUUACCAUCGGGUUCGCGCGGAGAAAUUGGAGGAGAUGUGUUGGAAAGGGAUUGAUGUGUUGGAGCAACAGCAGCCUAUCUCCACUGGCUCUGGUGGCGCGAACAAUAAUGAUGGGAAACAGGAAAAUUCGACGGAAGAGAGUAAUAUACCUGCGAAUACUACAGCAAGAACAAUGUCCGGACAGAAUUCAUUGAGUCCCGAGGAAGAGGAAUAUUUCCGGUUGUAUAGUGAGAUGCUGGCGGCGUAUAAAGGGCAAUGGACGGAUAUUGAUUUGACGGGGAGUCUGGAGCCGCCGAAGGAUUUGUUUAUUGAUGUGCGCGUGUUGAAGGAUGCGGGCGAGAUUCAGACUGAAUAUGGGGCCAUCAACCUCACUAAGAACAGCCAAUUCUACGUCCGGCAAGGCGAUGUUGAGCGCCUGAUUGCGCAGGGAUAUCUGCAGCGACUGAAUUGAUGUUACAGCUGAGCUGAUAUAACGUGAUCACGUAUAUUAUGACAUUUAGAUACCCUAAUGAUUUUUCCUCGACACUUUACAAGGAAUCAGUAACUAUCCAAUAAGAUUGCGGCAAAAGUUCAACCGUCGUGC